AUGAAUAAUGAACACGUGAACGUGAUGCCACGUUUAUUGAACGCCCUCGACAUUAAAAAUGUUGGUCGCUUUGCUAGUACAAGUACCGGCAGUGAUGAGGGCGGGCCUACUACAUAUCUUGCUACUAUUUGUUAUGAUCAUAAGAGAGUAUUAGACGAGCAUGUUUUGAUCCAUCGUUAUGUUUACCAAAGUGAUGUCGAGCUUGUAUGCAACGCUUGUGUUCAACCUAUUCCAUUCGGUUGGUCUUAUAGUUGUGUUUAUCAUAAUGAAACAUCAUCAAGAAAUGACGGCCCAUGCAAAGAUUACUUCCUCCACAGCUGUUGCGCGUAUCUUCCCGCUGUACUUAACUUCCCUCGAAAGAGGCAUAAAACACUCACCCUCUCAACUUGCAAGGCAGGCGGCAAAAAGACUUCCUUCAAUUUGUUCGUAUGUGACAGCUGCAACUACACGUGUAACGGAUUCGCCUACCUAUCACAAACGGACGACGACACUUCUCUUGUUCUGGACAUCGUGUGCGCCCUCAUGCCCACCUCAAUCGUGCACAUAUCCCAUGGUGCGCACCAUAUCCUUCAAUCGAAAACCUACAACCAACAACUGUGUAGCUACUGUGGCUUGGAAUUAAAACCCGACAAUAGCUACAUAUGCAACAAUUGUCGUAAUUUUGGGAUACACCCAGCUUGCGCCCUCAUUCCCAAAAGCGUAGUCUACCCCAAAUUUGACCCCCACCCGCUUUCCCAUUGGCAUAAUCUCGAAAAGGAACAGUCAAUCCUUUGCGAGUCGAUCGACUCUCCAAGAUCAAGUUUGGGUUUACUGUCCGUGUACGAGGCCAUUCAUGCCCCGUUGCUUGUGUACGCACGCUUUCAGUUUUUUGCUACCCGUGUGGCCAUUGCGGGAAGACCAUAA